AUGCCCCGUCGCCAAACUUCGAAACCCAGUUCCGCGCAUCGCCUUAUCGCGUGCGACGAUUGCCGCAGCCACGCAUACUAUUCACGCUUCAAGAAUAGCUCCCUAGUGGCCGUGACGUCACCGCCCAAUCCCGCCGACCGUCCUAGGCCCGGUCUAAUCACGACCUUACGCAUCGACGAGCCGCCCUACAAGUCAACAGACACGACACCGCGGAAGCCCCCCAGAGGAUCUGGUUCCUUUCGCGGCGAGGCACGUGCCGUCGGCCGGCGCGAACCAAUCCGAUCACUUCGGAUUUUUUCUUCGUUAAUUAUCAUCACGGCGCGUCUUAAUUGGGAACCCGCUCGUGCCGUGUACCGCGAAACG